AUGUCCGGCCUGACAGAACUGUCCAAGGACGAGGCGGCCGAACGCCUGGCCCGCAACUGGAAGGCCAUGUGUCCUCCGCUCCCCUCCAGCCACGGGCCGGCGCUGCUGGACAACAGCAACAACAACGUGGACGACGCUCUGACGAGCCUCCACUGGCUCCAGAACCUCAACAUCAUGACCAGGCUAGGGGCCCCCACGCCGCCGACGCCGCCCGCGAGUCCGCCCGGAUGCGGGACAGCGUGCGGGACCCCGUCCUCGUCCGGUCACCGGACGGCGAUGCACGGCGCUGGACACACUCCUACGGCCCUCUCGAGGUGCGUACCGGUCGAAGAGCCCGACUACCGGAGCCAGGGGUCCAGCAAACCUCCCUACUCGUACGCCACGCUCAUCUGCAUGGCCAUGAAGGCCAACAAGAACAAGAUGACACUCAGCGCUAUCUACAAGUGGAUACGGGACAACUUCCUCUACUACCGGAACGCGGAUCCGAGCUGGCAGAACUCUAUCCGCCACAACCUAUCCCUCAACAAGUGCUUCAUCAAGGUCCCCCGCACCAAGGACGAGCCGGGCAAGGGCGGCUUCUGGCGCCUGGACCCGGUCUACGCUGACUCCCUCGUCGACGGUGUCUUCAAGAAAAGACGUCCCGCCCAGCGACACCCGGGAGGCCCCGGCACCAACAACGGCCCCACCAGGCGAAGGAAUCGGGACCGCACGUCGUCUUCCAAGCGAGCCCUGACCCUCCCCAUCGAAACCAGGGGUCCUGCGGUCAUUGUCGAGCGAGUGGAUCCAGCCGCGGUCGUGGUCAUGGACUCCGCGAGUGCCACGGUGCCCCUGGACGACGUCUGUGGCGACCUGGGCGACACCCUCAAGAGCGACCUCUCCUGGAUCCUGAACGAGGGCGACCUCGACCUCGAUCAGCAAUUGGACCGCUUUAGGGCGUCCGAAGACACCGCGGCGGCGCUGCAGCUGGAAGAAGACCUGUUCGGGAGUGGCGGGGUUGUGGACGCUACGGCGGCCGUAACGUCUGUCAACGGCGUGCCUGGUAGCGCGGACUGGUGGACCUGCUUCGGCCCUAGCGCAGAGACAACGCUGUGUUUACCGGUGCAAGGUACCUCCGGAACGGCAGUGCAGACUUUUGGCUUGCUCUACGGCACCGGUACAGACCCGGAGAGUCCAGACAACGGGGUCGUGGGUCCUGGAGGAAUGGUCUUUGUGGAUCCGACGUCUUCUGCGACGGCCACGUCGAUAGCGCAACAGCAGCAACCUUGGGCGGAUUGUAAGGCUGCCCUCGAGGCGGCCGCCUUGGAGCUUGAGACGUACGCCGAAAUGGACGCCGUAUCGACUUACUAG